AUGAGUAAUAAUGGCAAUGAUUGUUUAUUAGACGAUGUCCUACUUUCUACACGAAUGGUAAAUCUGCUCUUAGAAGAGGACAAUCUAACUGAUCCGCUUAAUCAUGAUAUACCAGUAAGUUAUUUGGAAGAGGGAGGUGAAAUAGAAGGCUUUGCAAACACUACUCUUAACAAUAACAAAAUCCAUAGUAGUGGCGAUAAUGGUAAUAACAAUCAUUCAACCACAAACGACUUCUUUACAAGUGGAAAAUGCAAAGAAUCCAACCUAAUUCAAUCUGUGGCGUCAACAUCAAGUCUGAUUACAGAUAACUUGUCAAGCGUGCUUGCCACCGAGUUUGUUCAGUCUUUCUAG